CUGUCAGUGAACUCCUGCCGUCACUCACAGCGAUGGACGGAGCAGACCGCUGAGGAGGAGCAUCCAGACUGUCCAGAACAUAUUCCACACCUGGACUUUGUCCUCUGGCUUCACCUUCACACCAGCCAGACUGAGUUUUUGUUUCCCUGAGACGCGGACAAGUACUGGAUCAGUCGAAAGAGCAGAAAGAACGCUUCAGGUCUUCUGUUGAAGACGGAGGAUGGGGAGCCGGGGGCACUACAAGUACCACUGGCAGAGCCACAAUGUCAAACAUAGUGGGGUGGACGACAUGGUGCUUCUCAGCAAGAUCAACGAGGACGCCAUCGUGGACAACCUCAAGAAAAGAUACAUGGAUGACUACAUUUUUACAUACAUCGGUCCUGUGCUCAUUUCCGUCAACCCUUUCAAGCAGAUGCCGUAUUUUGGGGAAAAAGAAGUGGAGAUGUAUCAAGGCGCAGCUCAGUACGAGAACCCUCCUCACAUCUAUGCUCUGGCUGAUAACAUGUACAGAAAUAUGAUGAUUGAUCGUGAGAACCAGUGUGUCAUCAUCAGUGGAGAGAGCGGUGCAGGGAAGACUGUGGCAGCCAAGUAUAUCAUGGGCUACAUCUCCAGGGUGUCAGGAGGCGGAGCCAAAGUACAGCACGUUAAAGACAUCAUCUUGCAGUCCAACCCCCUGCUGGAAGCCUUCGGCAACGCUAAGACUCUGAGGAACAACAACUCCAGCAGAUUUGGCAAAUACUUUGAGAUCCAGUUUAGCUCUGGCGGUGAACCAGAUGGUGGGAAAAUCUCCAACUUCCUUUUGGAGAAGUCACGUGUCGUCAUGAGAAAUCCUGGCGAGAGGAGUUUCCACAUAUUCUAUCAGUUGAUAGAAGGAGCCAGUGAAGCUCAGAAGAGCAGCCUCGGGAUCACAAGUCUGGAUUAUUACAGUUAUCUCAACCAGUCUGGGUCCUACGUAGUGGAUGACAUCAAUGACAAGAGUGACUAUAAGGAGACAAUGCAUGCCAUGAAUGUGAUUGGCAUUUCGGCGGACGACCGUGCCAUGGUUCUCCAGAUUGUGGCUGGAGUCUUACACCUCGGAAACAUUACUUUCAAGGAAGCAGGAAACUACGCUGCUGUGGAAAGUGAAGAGUUUCUCGCCUUCCCAGCAUUUCUACUGGGAAUCAACCAGGACCGUCUAAAAGAGAAACUGACCAGCAGAAAGAUGGACAGCAAAUGGGGAAAUUCGAUGGAAUCUAUUGACGUGACGCUGAAUGUGGAGCAGGCGUGUUACACGCGUGAUGCCCUCUCCAAGGCCCUGCACUCACGUGUUUUCGACUACCUCGUUGAAUCUAUCAAUAAAGCCAUGGUGAAGGAUCUUCAGGAGUUAAACAUAGGAGUCUUGGACAUUUAUGGAUUUGAAAUUUUCCAAAAAAAUGGGUUUGAACAGUUUUGUAUCAACUUUGUGAAUGAGAAACUCCAGCAGAUAUUCAUUGAGCUAACACUAAAGGCAGAGCAGGAGGAGUAUGUGCAGGAGGGCAUCAAGUGGACUCCUAUAGAGUACUUCAACAACAAGAUUGUGUGUGAUCUCAUUGAAAGCAAAAAUCCUCCUGGCAUCAUGAGCAUCUUGGAUGAUGUAUGUGCCACCAUGCACGCAGUUGGCGAGGGGGCUGACCAGACCAUGCUGCAGAAGCUCCGUGUCCAGAUCAAUACCCAUGAACACUUCAACAGCUGGAACCAAGGCUUCAUCAUUCACCACUACGCAGGGAAGGUGUCCUACGACGCUGAGGGGUUCUGUGAGAGGAACCGGGAUGUCCUCUUUACUGACCUCAUCGAGUUGAUGCAGAGCAGUGAAAUCACGUUCAUCAGAGCUCGCUUUCCUGAAAACCUCAAUGCUGACAAGAAGGGUCGACCAACAACUGCAGGCAGCAAAAUAAAGAGACAAGCCAAUGACUUGGUGAGCACACUGAUGAAGUGCACUCCACACUACAUUCGCUGUAUCAAACCUAACGAAACCAAGAAACCCAGAGACUGGGAAGAGAGCCGAGUGAAGCACCAAGUGGAGUAUCUGGGCCUGAAGGAGAACAUCAGAGUGCGGCGUGCUGGCUACGCCUACCGCAGAGUCUUCAGGAAGUUCCUCAACAGAUAUGCCAUCCUGACCAAAGAGUCCUGGCCAACAUGGCGAGGAGACGAGAAACAAGGUGUUCUUCAUUUGUUACGUUCUGUCAACAUGGACCAGGAUCAGUACCAGCUUGGACGCACCAAGAUUUUCAUUAAAGCCCCAGAAUCGCUCUUUCUGCUGGAAGAAACAAGGGAGCGCAAGUUUGAUGGCUAUGCCAGGACCAUCCAGAAGGCCUGGAGGAAAUAUCUGGCCCGCAAGAAGUAUGUUCAGAUGAGAGAAGAAGCCUCUGACCUGUUGUUAAACCGUAAAGAGAGGCGGCGGCACAGCCUCAACAGGAACUUUGUUGGAGACUACCUGGGGAUGGACGACAGGCCGGAGCUGCGGCAGUUCCUGGCAAAGAGAGAAAAGAUCGACUUUGCAGACACAGUCACAAAAUAUGAUCGCCACUUCAAGGGAAUUAAGAGAGACUUAAUCCUGACGCCAAAGUCUGUGUACUUGAUUGGGAGAGAAAAAGUGAAACAGGGACCAGAGAAAGGACAGGUGAUGGAGGUGCUGAAGAGACGGAUUGAGGUGGAAAAGAUCUUAGCAGUGUCUCUGAGCACCAUGCAGGAUGAUUUCAUCAUCCUGCAUGAGCAGGAGUACGACAGCCUGCUGGACUGUGUCUUUAAGACGGAGUUCAUCAGCUUAUUGUCGCGCAGGUUUGAGGAGAAAGCUCGGAGGAAGCUACCGCUCAAAUUUAGCAACACACUGGAGAUGAAGCUAAAGAAGGAGACCUGGGGCUUCUUGAGUGGCGGCGGUUCCCGGCAGGUCACGUUCGUCCAGGGUCAGGGAGAUGUGGCCGUACUGAAGCCUUCCAACAAAAUGCUGCAGGUCAGCAUUGGACCGGGGUUUCCAAAGAACACCCGUCCCACCAGGAAGAACUUCACUCAGAGCCACUCAAGGACAUCCAGGACUCACCAUAACAUUCCCUCCCGCACUGCCCCGGGACCUCCAGUUGCUCACCAGAAUGGUAGUCUGAAAAACACCAACCACAUAACCAAUCAGAGGAACUCCUCACCACACCACAACCAGAGGAGUCCUUCAUCGAACAAUGCAGCACACCCGUUCCUGCCCGCUAACAUCCACCAGGUGAAGAAUAGAGGCAGCAGUCGGCCACAGCCCAACCUGGACUGUCUGAAAGUUCCAGAACAAGGAGCUGCAGGUAAUGGAGACAGACGGACAGCUUCAAAUGGAGGAAUGGCCCACAGACCAUCAGUCAGCAGGCCCACGCCAGGAGGAGGCCGACCCAAACCUGCACCCAAACCAAAACCCCAGGUGCCCCAGUGCAAAGCCCUGUACGCCUACGAUGCACAGGACACGGAUGAGCUCAGUUUUAACGCCGACGACGUCAUAGACAUCAUUAAAGAGGAUGCAUCUGGAUGGUGGAUGGGACGACUCCGUGGGAAGCAGGGACUCUUCCCCAACAAUUACGUCACCAAGAUCUAGAUCAGGUUGCUGCAUCCAUGCCGACCUUCUCAGAGGACGGGAUGGAGUCGACUGUCCAAAGCACUGUGGGAGUUUUCUGAAAGUUCGCACUCGGUACUCCACUGUCUCAUGGUGAAUGAAUGUAACUCUGUUACAGCAAAUCAGAAGAGCGCCAGAGCUUUGAAACCAGGAUCUGAAGACUGUUUGACCUCAGGGUCUUGUUUUCUUCCCCGGCCCAUUUGAGUACUGAACAAAACUAUUUAUUGUAUUUAUAGCUCUCUCUCUCUCUCUCUCUCUCUCUCUCUCUCUCUCUCUCUCUCUCUCUCUCUCUCUCUCUCUCUCUCUCUCUCUCUCUCUCUCUCUCUCUCUGUCUCUGUCUCUCUGUCUCUGUCAUUUGCAUCUUGCUAAAGUGUUUGGAAGUGUGGAAAUGAAGUAUAAUCUGUGGGACCAGGCUGUGAUUUUACUUCCACUGUGUCACCGUCUCUUUGUAGGAAACUGAAAACGACGGCUGUUUAUCAGGAAUAUUUAUUUUACUGACAGGGAAGCACAUCACAUUGUGAUUUAAAAAAAAAUUAUAUAUCUAUUUAGUAAAAAAAAAAAAAAAAAAAAAUAAAGGGCAAACCCAGCCAAGCUGCGAUAGAACUGGGGAAUGACCUGGAAAGCUGUUUUUGGGCCCUUCAUACUGUAAGAUGACCGUGGUGUGUGUCUGUGGGGUUUUAGCACUUUAACGGUACAGGUACUGCCAACAUCACCACGUUCGUGUCACGAGUCCCAUCGUUGAAGGACAGGUUGCCAAGCGGGCAAUAAGCCGACUUACUGAAACUCAUUUGUUUACAUGAACUGAUGACACAGGCAUUUUACAUACAUGUUCUGUAUAUGUGUUCAUAUGUAGGAGCAUUUAAAUUAAUUGUGUAUUUUCUCUGAAGGAGUUUUAACACUCACAGGACUGCCUUUUUCCAGUCCACUGAUAGAAUCACAAAUGGUGAGAUUUUUUUUGCUUUUUGCAGACAUGAAAUAAUUUUCAAAAGGCAGGAUUUCUGCACAUUUUUCUAUCAUACUACCAAUACACAAAUAAGGUAUGUGUUGGCUCUGCCGUUUGUAUGCUUCUUUUGCACUGCUGUGCUUUUACAUUCCUGCUUUUCAUAAUUCUACUCAGACAUCUCAGACAUCAUUAGUUUGAUCUUGGAUGAUUCCAAACAUCCUUGUGCAAUAUAAAAGUCAUCUUUUAAUAAAGCAUGCAGUACUGUAUAUAUUUGCUUGAUUUUUUUUUUUUAAUUCAGAAAAACAGUAAUUAGACUCUUUACACA